AGACCAAGAUCAGGAGACAACUUCAUUAUAUUCGGAAUCGUCCUUAAUCACGGUACUUGCUAUACCUUGGACAAACAAGCCGAGUAUCUCCCGUUUGAUGGGUAAUGUGCAUUUCUAGCACAGCAGUGACACUGUUACCUCCGUCGAUAUGUCUUCCAUUAUUCUUUAUUUAAAUCUCAACUUAGUAUUCUUCAGAUUGCAACUACAUGGACUUCACGCGCUUUCCUGCUGGAUUCGAACUCGGUAUCUGCAUACAGUUAUGCCAAAUCUGCUUCGAACUGUGAAUUGUCUCCUUGGGGCUUGCAAUGCUUCCAGCGGGUGAGCGGCAGUCCUUUGGAUAUCUGAUCCAAAAAACGCUUGGAUAGAAUAAAAAUGCCUCUUUGAAGUAUAUAUCUUUUUGCGACGAAGACCUCGAAUUCCGGACAUUCCGAUAAUUCAUCGGCUAUUGCGCAUUACCCAUGUCCGGCACACACACGGAUGUGAACUGAGAUAUCCGAGUAGUGACCAAAUAUACCCAUCAUCAUUCGGUUGUUUGCUAUUCCUCCUUACACCCAGAGGAAUGGCCUUCUCUUGGUGUCCUUUAUUUAGCAUUAUACAAAAAUGUUUCAAACUCUAUUUUGAGGUCAUCGACGGCGUUGACGGCAUUAUCUCGGUACAUGUCUUCACAAAAUCACGGGUGUACUGCGUAGUCAGAUAAAAUUUUCGCCCCACCAAGUCCUCAUUGAGGUUGUUGCUUCACCGAGGUACCAUUCACCGUUAGUUGGCAUGAAAACUGAGAUCGUCGAGUAACUAACUACGUAUAUGGUUCAGAGACUAGUAUAUACUAUUAAUCCUUUCCAUUGUCACCUUGCUACCCGCAUAUUUUAUGCAGGCCAGAAUCCCAAUUUUCCAAUCAAUGGCCUCACAAACCAACGGAGAUUUACCCCGGAUGACCGAAGGCCCACACCAUUCUCAGGAACCAUCUUUUGACGAGGAAAGUGUCCCGAAUGAGAGUUUGGAGCAAUCCUUGACAUUCUUGAAUACACCUUUUGGCACGAAUGCCUUUUUACAGGACAUUCCAGAUAUUAACUGCCAGUGGCAAACAAUGGGCGUCCACAGUGUCAACCCAUCGUGUUCUGUCUAUCCUUCACCGAAUGUAGUAGAAUCGUACAAUGACCUCUGGCCAUUUGAUGCAGCAAAUACUAAUUUAUCGAACCCUUACUUUCCGGAGACAGCGGCAAUGAAUACACCUUUUGACAACUGCGCUAAUUUCGAAGAUUCUCUUUCACAUUUCGAGUCUGACGGGUGGCUUACAUCAUUCCUGCAAUCUCCUGAGCCAAUAACUUACUCCUCGUUGCAAGUUGGAGCCUUCACAGAACAGCAAUCGCCAUGUGAACCUGAUCACCCUAGCGUCGAGGCACUUCCUAAGGCUGAAAGCCCGAGUACUUAUAUACCUGAAAUGGACUCGUAUAGCAAUCACUUCAAAGAGGAUGUGCCUACCUUGGCGCCAUCAAAAUUGCAGACAGAUCUCUCCAGUCCUCCGGACCAACUAACUCCUCGUGCGAGUGAGCCAGUCGCGGUAACUCCUCGAAAUAUGGAAGACUGUUUAAUCGAUUUUCACAGUGGGGUCAAGGCACCUAAGAGAAAAAGAAAAGAGUUCAAUCGACGUGAAAAGUUGAAGGUUCAUCUAGUUCGACAAGUUGGAGCAUGUCAAAGCUGUCGAGCACGUAAGGUCGAGGUAUGUUUACUUAAUCGUCCCGAUAUUUUGUUCAAAAAUGAAUUCCUGACAGUCCAGUGUACAUCCGAUGGCGUUUGUGAUCGAUGUUUCAAGUUAGCUGGUGACCCGUUUAUGGCUAAACAAAUAUGUAUCCGGCACAAAUUGAAAGAUGUUUACCUGGGAGUCACAGGUACGUUUAGUUACUGAAGAUGUUGGCCUAUAUGUUGACUGCCAUAGACGUCCAAACCAGGUUACUCACUUCCGGGAAAGAACAAGUGCAUCAACUCCUCCGGGCGUUGGAAGGUCAUGUUGCAAAAGUCGAACUUCGAGCAGAUUGUUCAAUGGCAAGCUUUCCAUGUCGCUCGCUUCCCUGCAAGGUAAUGGUUUGUAGAUCUGUGGAUCUCUGCCGAUGGAGAAGUCUGACAAAAAUGAAUGGUGUUUACAUAACGCACAAGUCCUUGAGGGACAAAACAUAUCUUGUUGUGCCAGAUUCACUACCUACUGUUGAUGAGCUGGAUUUUUUCGGCCGAGAGAUUCUCCUUUCUUCUCCGGAGAGCCAUUCUGGUAAAAUAACACAUAUAUUAGAUAAAUUUCUUUACAUCUAUUGCAAACAAUAUUUUGGAUCACAUCUGGUAAUCCAUCUUCUUUAAGAAUAUUUGGAUAUUAACUAACCAAUAACAGGCAUGUCUGUGUAAUGCUGCCUUCAGAAUCACAAGCUUGAAUAGUCUUGCAUUCUAUGGAGUCGCCAAUAUUCACUGUCAUCCUCAUGGCCAGCUUGAUGUUGUAAACACAAUCAAUGACACUUUCUCACCAGACACCGUUCGCGAACAAGUCCGCCUUAAAGCUUCUGAGGGUCUUGAAGAGUCUGAGAAAUAUUUCUUUUCCGAGAUUGAAAAUCUCAGCAAGAAGUCCGCAAGCAAUAAACAAACUCGCAUCAUUGCCGGAAUAUGUUUAUUGAGGUUAAUGCUCUUCUAUCGAGAACGAGUCGUGCGGAUUGAGUUAAGAUCUAACCUUCCGAGAUGCAAAACUGAUGAAGAUCUUAAAAAUUGCAUUCACCCAGGCAAGACAGAUCCACAAAAGCGACUCGAACAAUGUGGUUUCAUGUAUAAACAGUUAGCUGUAGCAUUCAGCACUCUUUGUCGUGGUGACAACACACCCUUGACGAUUGACUGGGAGGCCGAAGCUGCGGGUAGAGUAGCUCCGGACGUUCCAAUGCUUUCAGCCACAUUUUUGGAGCUCAAAUCUGCGUAUGCAGAAUUUUGUAAGUGGUUCUCGCAGUAAUACUGAGGAGCAAUCAUUGAUAUUGGUUUAGGUAAAAAUAACUUGACUCAUCGAGACGAUGAUGUAUUCAAAACUUUGGUUGUCGAACCCGCCGAGAAAGAGAGAGACCGAGUAGCAAAGAAACAAUCGAAGCUCAAAACUCACAAGCAGCCUAAAAGAUGAAAGUUUCUUGCCUCUCUUAUUGAGUACAUGGAACCGGUUUCAUGGACAACUCUUUCGGCUUCCAGCUCUUUGGGACUCUUUUACCAUUCUCUACGCAAAGCUCAUUCACAAGUACCUCAGCUCCAGUACAUUCUUAGGCCUAUUAAUUCCCACAAAACUCCUCUCAAGUGGUCGGGAAUCAAGUUCUGCUUUAAUGUAUCCUUCGCAGUUCUCUCCACACUUCCUUCGAUUACGCCAUCAACAGUGAAUGAAGACCCACUUCAGUGAUCAAGCAGUUGAUAUCGAUGACAUCAGAACGGCUCCAAUUCUGCCUCCUUGGGACAAAUGAUGGCCUUGUGCUUGCGGUGUCCCUGUAGGCGAUGCAUUGCUUACCCUUGAGUUUUGUCGCUGGUGUAGAUGAGAGAUCUUCUAUUGAUGAUAGCAUCAUCUCUGUCGAUAAAAUUAUUUCAACGAAGGAGCAGUUGGAACUGAAAACCAUUACGAUCAAUUCCGUCACAGAAUUACACAUGCUCCUUCUAGACAUAAUGAAAUGGAAGUUCACUUGCGUAAUUCAGACUGUGAUGGGAACUGGUGACGAUAGUCGUGGUUUUUAGAAAAAAAAAUGGCAGAACGUCAUCAGCAAUGAAUUUAAAGUCUUAAGCCAGCAUUUGUCUUAUCUUCUGCAAGCUUAUAUCACCAAUUUAGGUAGGUCGGUAGGUUUGAACUAGCUAUGCAAUCCUGUUGUUCCCACCGGCAUGAAGCUCCCAAUGUGCUUGUGCUUCGAUUUAUAGGAGGUAUCAGAAACGCGUCAUGAUAUGCGGGUAUAUUGCAUUUCCGAGAGAAAUGAUUAGAUAUUUGUGAUAGUGGGAGCCGCAUGGAGGGUUCAAGAGCUCAAUAGACUGAUUGAUAUUCCUUGACAUCAUUUCUGCAUAAUAGAGAAAUAACUUACCUCGAAAUUAUAACACC